AUAGAAAACAUUGCGUCACGUCCUCUAGGAUUUGUGAUCAUUGGCAAACCACAGAGCAUCCUAUGUACUAUGCAAGGGAAACGCUGUAGAAUUAUUCGCCACGGGAGAUAAAUAUAUCAUUCUAAUAGCAAAGUUUAAGAUUUGUCUUCACUUUUUAAAUGUAGCUAUCAAAGACGAAUUGUCUGCUUUUAAGUAGUUUUCGAGUGAAUGAUAUGAAGGUCCUCACAGAGCAGGAGAUAGAUGAAGAGGGCAACUCCCAACACCAUGACAACGACGACACAGAGCAGCAUGAGGGGGAGACUUCCGGUUCCCCAGAGGACGGGGAAAAAGACCAUCCCAAAUCAGAAGGAGGAGUGCUGUGGAAAGUGGGAGGUGGCCUGUUCACUAUGACCCGGAGUGUGGUGGGGGUUACUCUCGGAGGGGUGGCCUGGGUCGGAACCAAAAGUUUCCAGAUCACCAAGACUGCGGUGACCAGUGUGCCUUCGGCUGGCGUGGGUCUGGUCAAAGGCAGUUAUUCCAUGGUAACGGGGGGGGUCGGGGCCGUCGGGUCAGCGGUUGCCAGCAAAGUCACGACCAAAAAGAAGGACAAGUCUGACUGAUGAACAACUGUGAGUGUGUGCGGAACGCUUCUUUUUGUUUGUGUGUAGCGCUUGCGCAUUUUCUCCAAUGCGCGUUUUGUUUGCGUAUGUGCAAAAGGUUGGAACGCUGAUGGAUGAAAUUAAUCAUUGAUAUGUGCUUAGCUGGAGCGUAAGAUGUUUCAUGCUAAGGGGAAGUGAAAAUGCAUUUUCCUGAUAAUUGAUCCAAAAAUAAGCCAGUUGCGGUCUAUAGUUGGUCAAAAUACUACAAAUGAUCUCUUUCCUAACAAAAAUAUGAUAGAAACCCUGGAUGGUAAAUAGCAGUGUAACAACUGUUUUAUAUGGGUUUAAGGAUACUUCAUUAUUUUCAAAAUGAAUAGAUAUACAUAAUAAUUUAUUUUAUACACUUGAGACCUUUAUUUUAUCUUAGUCCAUGGAAGACCUGCUGUCGCCUCUAAGUAAAAUGUGGCCUAUAAAGAACGUUUCAGCCAUACCGGAAAUUACCUUGAAACAGUUAAAUUGGCCUUAAAACCUCUUCUGCAUAAAACUUGUGCCAUUGUGAAAUGGCUUGUGAUAUGGAUUUGUGUUGGUUCCCAAAUUUUUGUUUUCAUGAUUGCAUGAUGAUGGAAACAAAAAUGUGGGUUAAACUCCUUUCAAGGAAAUAAGUAUCAGUGACCAUUUGAACAGGAGAUUCCGUUCAGAAAUGGCACCAGGACUGGUCGCUUUCUAAUCUUUUUUUAAUGAAUCUUAGAUUUUUUAGAGAUUCUUAGAAAAGUAUUUAAAUUAUCGGAUUCAUUUAUUGCAAUUCUACCAUACAUUCCCUUGUAAUGAACUGGACAACCAAUCAUGAUCCCAACCGUGAUUCAACAACGAUCUGAUAUGGUCUUGGAUUAAUAUUAAGGUCACCUCUUUAAUGGCUUCAAAAGAUUUGAGCUGGGGUAUAUAAACAUCACUAAACCCCAACUGAUAUGUUAUCCCUUUGGGCUGUUUUUGUUCCAAACUUGUUUUGCAAAGAAAAAUAAUAAUAAUCACUAAAACGGUUAGUAUUCAUUUAUUUAGAAUAAUUAGAGAAUAGGAUAUUAUAGAGAAUUUCUUUCAAGAGGUUUUUUUCUGUGUGUGUUUUGCGGAGUGACCUAAUAGCAAUAGUACUAGAUUAUAAUUUGUUUUUACCUUGAUGAAUUUUCCCAAAAUUUUGUAACAAUACUAAAGACAAAUAUAUCGAUAUGAUGUGUAAAACCAUAAAAUAAUCUUAAAUUGUUACCAUAUUUUCAUAUUGUUUACGUCAAUUUAGUUUUCAAACAGAAUCUUGACGUUUCCAUUUCUAUUCAGUCCAGUUGCUUUCAUGUAUGUAUGCCAAUUUAGGAAGAAAAUUGUGUCAGUACACCAUGUAUCAAUGUUACAUAUAGUUAAAUGCUACAUAUCAUUUAGCUGUGUUGAGCUUAAUGUAGAAGUCUGCAUGUUGUUCUCAAUCUGAAACUAUUUUGAGCUUCACCAAACCCUUUUACCAUAUAAUUUUUAUUUUAGUUGCUUUUGUUUUGAUUUCUCUGUGAAUGUCGGUAUUUAUUUAUAAGUUUCAGGCACAAUGUGGCCUUCAUCCAGCUAUCUAUAUCUUAGUUUUGUAAUCUUUUUUAAAUCCAAUAUUUUCCUUUCUUUCUUCUUUCGUUUAUCUUUCAGGCUGUUUUUGUCUAUUAUAGAACUAUUUUUGCAGAAGGUCAGUUAUGCUGUAUUCUAUAAAGUAAAAACUGCUGGAUUCUC